ACAAGACUAAGAAGAAAACGGAGGCGGAGGCGGCGAAUAAGAAAAAGAAGAAGAAGAAGAAGGAAAUCAUCAUGUCUUCCUUCUACGUCCCCACGGGUCAACAGCGAUCCCUCCGUGCCUGCAUGGUCUGCUCAAUCGUCCAGGUGCACAGUAAAUUCAUGCGUGAAGGCUGCCCAAACUGCGACCACAUCCUCGGCUUAGCCGGUAACGGCGAAAAGAUCCAACAAUGCACAUCCCAGGUGUUCGAGGGCCUGAUAACACUAGCGGACCAGCAGGCGUCGUGGGUGGCGCGCUGGCAGAGGUUGGAAGGGUAUGUGCCUGGCACGUAUGCGGUUAAGGUGACGGGAACGUUGCCGCCAGGUGUCCUAGGUGAUCUGGAAGACUCGGGGAUUCGAUAUAUUCCGAGAGACGGAAGCUCGGUUGACGAGGAAGGUUGAGAAGCCUGUUUUGUUUUGUAUUUUGCUUUUUCCCGUGCAGGGGGUUGGAUAUUUGGGUGAGACAGGAUAGAAUUUUUUUUUUUUUUUUUUUUUUAAAGCGAUGGCUUUUGCAAUUGGAGUUUGCGGUUCUAGGGGGAUAUAUAUCCUGUGUUGCUUUUAUCGCGAUUGCUUU